UUUUCCUCUACUCCUCUCCUUGCUCCGCAUUUCCAGGCAUACGCCACACCUCAAUCUCACUAACUAUGACUGCCAGCAAUCCGACUCCUGUGUGGCUAGACUGCGACGUUGGCCACGACGACGCCCUGGCCCUGCUGCUAGCCGCCUACCACCCGCAAAUCAAGCUGCUGGGCAUUUCGGCCGUCGCCGGCAACGCCUCGCUGCGCAACACCACCGCCAACGCUAUUCGGGUCCUGCAGGCUGCCGGCAUUGAGGGCGUCAAGGUUUACCCCGGUGCAUCCAAGCCGCUGGUCAAGCCCUCCGAGCACGCUGCUGACAUCCACGGCGAGAGCGGCCUGGACGGCACUGAUCUGUUGCCAGAGCCCGACUACGAGAAGUACCUGGGGACCGACAAAAAGGCGAUUGAGGCAAUCCGCGACGUGCUUAUGACCAGCGAAGAGCCGGUGACCAUCGUUGCGGUUGGGCCGCUGACCAACAUCGCGCUUCUGGUGUCGGUGUACCCCGAGGUCGUGCCCAAGAUCCACAUGCUGUCGGUGAUGGGCGGCGCGAUCGCCCUUGGUAACACAACCGCUGCUGCCGAAUUCAACAUCUACUUUGACCCCGAGGCCGCACAGAUCGUCCUGCAGGCAGGAAUCGGGCAUAUUGCCAUGGUGCCGCUGGAUGUCACCCACACUGUGCUCGCAUCCAAGGCUGUCAUUGAGCGUAUCAACAAGGAGGUCGCCGAGCCAAAGUUUGCCAAGCUCCUUACUGACCUGCUUUGGUUCUUUGGAAGCACCUACGAGGACGUGUUCGGCGAGAAAGACGGUGCCCCGCUGCACGAUCCGGUUGCUAUGGCCUAUGUGUUUAUGCGUGAUGCGUUCUCGGAGCGCUUCAUGCACGUGUCGGUUGACUGCUCGCAGGGCCCGUGCAAUGGCCGAACUGUGUGUGACGUCAAAAACAAGAGCAAGCUGGAGCCGAACUGCUACAUAACCACUGCUGUCGAUGUCGACCGGUUCUGGGAUGUGAUGAUCGGUGCAUUGGUGGAGGCAGCCAAGAGCUCAACUAUUUGAUGAUGGUACUCGGCGGCAUUAAAUAUAUGGCAAAGAUUAUGAAAAAGGAGCACUAGCAAACCACCACGGCUAGUGCAUACGUUGAUGUAGACUCGCCUAUCCUGUUACUUCAGUAGUGCCGACAGAGUCACGUAGCUCGAAAAACUACUCAUUCCUGAUGUUCUGACCACGCCAACGGAGGGCCAACAAGUAUCAAAUCAGCGUAUUCUUCCCGUGAAGGAGUGUGCACAAAGAGCCUAUUCAAAAAGGCAAACAACCCCCUACUUGCUGAUUCGCACACAAACAAAGAUGGCCUAGUGUCACGACGACAAAUAUGGAGGUGGGAUGAGUUCAGGGUGGCAUUGGUAACUGGAGGUGCGCAUAGACGCUCAAAAGCUGCCAAGACAAAGAAU